GAUGGGUAGAUAAAAGAAAUGAGUACGAAAGUUUUAUUUCUUUCAGACCAACGAUAACUUUGACCUUCAAGCCUUGAACCUCCAAGAUUCCAAUCAAAACCCUACAACCACUGCAAACUUCAUGUCUGUUGACCAGACUUUCCAUGCUCCGAGUUUUGGGGACGAAGAAUUCGGUAUUCCAACUUUAAAUAUGCCAUCCGGUGAUGGAAAUGGAACUCGUGGAGAUACCCUUGUUAAUCAGACACACUCACUUGCCCAAACUCAAGGAAUGACAGUAGUCAUGACUUCUUCCACUUCUUCUCCUACUCUGGGAAUAGUAGAAAGUCCCACAACCCAAUAUCCAAGACCUAAUGUACAGGAGAUGUACUUGCCUAGUAUGGGAGACAUCCAGGCUGGAGGGAAUAUAGGAAUGCCAAACAUGCAAAUGCAUGUUCAGCAAUAUGACAACCUCCCCAACACUUUUGGUCAAAUGCCACAACACCACCAACAACAACAACAACAACAGUUGUCAAUGCAGGCCAUGCCACCACCUCAGGCACCACAUCCACUGUCAACUCAGUCAUCUGUGAUUGGGGGACAUGCUCCUCUACUUACAACCAUAAGUCAAUCACAGCUUAUGACACAUUUAGGUAUGCAAGCCCCUUUGGGAAUUCCUGGACAACAAGGUCCUGGGUCUGUGGGGAGCUCUCCUGGAUCCAACCAUACUUCUCCAGGCCAAGAAACAAGUGAAGACAGUGAUGAUAGCACUCUUUUGCUAAUGGGUGGAGUAAAGAGGCCUUCACCUGAACCUGUAGAACCUGUUACUAACACCAAAUCAAACAAAAAACCCAAAGUUCCAAAGAAGAAGAAAAAGAAAGACCCGAACGAACCACAGAA